AGCCUGCUGCCCGGUCUGCCUAUAAAACGAGAGGCCCCCCCGUCGGCCAUUGCCAACAACCAGUCCACUCGCUCCGAGGUGAGUAGUAGGUAAGCAGCAGCUAGUGGUGCAGGGGAGAGCAAAUUAAUCAGCAGCUAGUAGCUAGCAAUGGCGGCUCAUCAGGGAGGAAGAAGAGGCAGCGGUGGUGUGGUGGUCCUUGCGGCGGCGCUUGUCCUCUGCGUGCUCCUCCACGAGGCCCAGGUCGCCGAGUCGGCGGUGUUCACCGUCGGCGACCGCGGCGGCUGGAGCUUCAACUCCAACAGCUGGACCAACGGCAAGCGCUUCAAGGCCGGCGACGUCCUGGUGUUCAAGUACGACUCGUCGGCGCACAACGUGGCGGCGGUGAGCGCGGCCGGGUACAAGGGCUGCAGCGCUCCCCGGGGCGCCAAGUUCUACAGCUCCGGCAACGACCGCGUCACCCUCGCCCGCGGCACCAACUACUUCAUCUGCAGCAUCCCCGGCCACUGCCAGUCCGGCAUGAAGAUCGCCGUCAACGCCGCAUGACGACCAUGACCAUGAUUCUCUUUGAGUGUGCCUUAUGUGAAUCUGCUUUUGUUAUUAUUACCACAUAUAUAGGAGUGCUACUGCAUGCAUAAAAGGUUGUUGGUUCAGAGUCGUGCUUGAUGAUCGAUUAUUGUCAGUUGCAGUGGUGUGUGUGGAUUGUGAUCGGUGCGAGUUUCAUAUCGAUAUAUGAAUGAAUAAACACAUAUAUACAUCAUGAUUCUGCUUAA